AUCUUUCCCAGUUUAUUGGGCAAUGGGCAGUCCAAACCAACCUGCUCCAGUAACCUGGCAAAGAACGAAGGCACAUCGAAAUCAAGCCUGGCCAUCUGAUAGGUUUGACUGCGCCAUCAGCAUUUUUAACUAGCCGCGUAAUUGAAUCGACUUCCUUGUAGUUUCUCCCAUCAUCUGCUAUAAAUUGGCGGGUAGGCUUCGUUCGUUCUUCAGAAUAUUCAGAGUCUUUCGAGCGCGGAGCGCGUCUGAAUUGGACCACUUGGCGGCUUGGCGCUAGCACCGCACCCCCCAACUUCCUCCUUGUCACCGGCGGCGAUCACUUGGCUACACCGCUUCCACCGAAAGAUGGCGACGGAGGCUGCGCCGGCGAGGCCUGCGGGCCCCACCAGGCUUGUCUACUUCGAUGACAUGUGGGCUCUCCGCUCGGCCGCCACCGUCCUUGCCGUUCAGGAGGAGGGAGGCCGGGUAGCGGUGGUGCUGGACGCCACGGUCUUCUACCCGCAGGGUGGCGGCCAGCCGGCGGACACGGGCGCCAUCUCCGCCGCCGGCACCAGGUUCCUCGUCGAGGAUGUACGGGCGAAGGACGGAGUGGUUUUCCACUAUGGAAGAUUUGAAGGUGCUGGAGAAGGAUGCAGGCAUGGAUUUAAAGAGGGGGGAUGCGUUAGCUUGGAAGUUGAUGCAGAAAGGCGCAGUUUGAAUUCAAGGCUUAAUUCUGCUGGCCAUUUGUUGGACAUCUGUGUGAGCAAUGUAGGCCUCUCUCAUCUGGAGCCUGGGAAAGGCUACCAUUUUCCUGAUGGACCGUUUGUUGAGUAUAAAGGAGUGAUUCCACCAGAACAAAUACAGGAUAAGAAAAAUGAACUGGAAAGAGAAGCCAAAAGGCUAAUUUCGGAAGGAGCCAAGAUAGAAAAAGAAUCUGAAUAUGUUGAAGUGCGUGUCAUACAUCCUGUCAUCUUGACUCCAAAUGUUCACCAUUGGAGCAGGUCUUAGCCUCUAUUUUUCCUUAAGAGGAGGCGGCAAAAUUAUGUGGAGGUUCUCUGCCUAGCUACAUUUCAAAGGAUAGCACUCCUCGCAUUGUAAAAUUUGGCGAAUAUCCUGGCGGUCCUUGUGGUGGUACCCAUGUUGCAGACGUUUCAAUCAUCAAUAGCCUAAAGGUAACAAACAUAAGAGUCAAGAAAGGCCUCACAAAAGUCUCGUACAGCAUCAGCCCAUGAUCUUUUUUGCUGCCGGAGUCGCAGCAGGAAUUUUUCAAAGAAGUGAAAGAAUUAUUCAGGAAUCGCAUGGCUGAAUUUACUUUAAUGGCAUCGCAGAACGUGUAGGGGACAAAAACUCAUAUCUCUGUAGUAUUUUGACAACUGCUAGUUCCUCUUGUACCUCGGUAGAGGAUCUUUUAUUUGUAACUGUACCUCUGAUGUACCUGUAA